AAGAUCGUACAGGUUUAAAACGCGAUUUCUCUCCCUGUCUUGAGAGAAAUUUCAGAAAUCUCGGAAUUAAUAAAUCGUUGUCUCUCACGCAAUCUAUUUAUCAUGAAAUUAUCUGAGGCCGUGAUGAAUUGAUAAUUCCUCCCAACAUAAUUACCGGCCAAUUAUCUCAAAUGAAUAGCGCAAGUGCCGCCGUCGUAUGCCUUCAGCAGCAAAAAAAAAAAAACCAUCACCUGGCUGGACAGGCCCUACUAGGCGCGUACUAUGAUCACGUGUACGUUACGAAGGCGAAGCGUCGUUAGUUUCGAGGACCGCGACAAGAUUUUGAGAAACACUGCGUAUCUGUGUCGAGCGCCACGCGACCAGGUCGUCCGGUCGGGCCGGGUGCCGGGUGUUGUUGAAAUCAACGUGGUGGGGUUCCUUCGACGAGCCCACGACCGGAGCCUUAUGCCUUCAGUCGACUCUCGGCUCUCACUGCGACUCGAGCCGGCUGAGAUUCCGUUAAUUGAACAUUGAGAGCAGCCGAAAAAGCGCGCCCGGACACAUCAGGUGUCGCGCGGGGGUACAUUCCUGUCGUUUAGGCGCAGGACGACUAGGACGACAAUCGCAUUCUCUCGUCCUCUCUCUCUCUCUCUCUCUCUAACCAUCGUUCUGCGGAGCCUUCGAGGACAAGGCAAGUUGCCGCGGAUCUAGCGGGAAAAGUAAUCGCACGAGAUAAAACAGCGUCGAAGGAGCUUAUCGAGAGGAAGUGAAGGGAAUCGCCGUUGUGUGGUGGGGAAGGAAGUGCCCUGGCGAGUCCUCGUGCAGUGCGAUCGGGACUGAGCGCGAGUCGACAACCUCGCUCCGGAGCCGAUCGCGACGGAUCGAUAGUCCGGUUACUCGAGCCGGUCGAUCACCUCGUUCCCUCGACGAUUCCCGACGAGCCGUACCACGUGUCGGUCGGUUAAUUAGUACGUGGGUGGGUGCAGCGCCGAUCGGGAGAGGAGAGGAGAGAAGAGGAGAGGAGAAGAGAACGGUCCGCGCGGGGAGAUGCCGAAAGCCGAGCAGCGGGCAGAAGAACCGAGAGAAACGGAAUCGUGAACGUGACGAUCGAGCCGAAGGGGGAUCGGCCGAUUAAUCGGGGCCCGCAGGGGGGUGCGGUCGGAACGCAAAGGGUCAAAUAGAUGCAGGAAUCUGCGGACGGCGCCAUCGUACUCCUACCGUGAGAGAGAGAGAGAGAGAGAGAGAGAGAGAGAGAGAGAGAGAGAGAGAGAGAGAGAGAGAAAAGAAUAUCGCGAUACCGCGGGAACUGGUGUAAUCGCCGCAUCAGCAGGACAUUUUUUCGAGACCAACAUCUCGUCGUUUUUCUAGCGUCGCGAGAGAAGAUAUUAUCACUCUCUCGCGGUGAGGUAUCCUCUUGGGAGAACUUCCCCCGAAGACAAGGCGGAUGGUAACACGUUAGCUAGAAAGCGGCAUCGAACUUGUUUGUCACGCCACGCAUAAAUUAUAAAAAUUACAAAAGUCGCGCGAAGAAGUGAUUACGCCCCGAUACGUUGAUUCUCGCGAGUGAAAGAUUUCCUGAUCGAUUCGAGAGGCGUCGGUGCUCGCAAUUUGCACGAUUGAGCGAAUCUUUGCCCGCACUCGGGACUCGGUUGCUCUCUUCGCUAAAGCUUGGCCGGGUACUUGGGACGACGUAUUCAAUCUCGCUUGGAUGACACCGGCGGGGAUCUGACGUAGUUUCGGGCAAAUUUAAUCGGGACGACACCGCGAAGCAUGUUGUGCGGCACGUUCAAGAAGAAACGAAGGCACCCGGGGGACGAGUAUCGGCUGGUUAGGUCGAACACUAUGCCGCGGAUAGUAUCGGGCACGGGAAGAGACGUCAGCGUGGUAGUGCCCGUCCGUAGAAGCAAGUCCACGAGGGUCGCCGCUCGGCCGUUGCUGAUCAAGGACCUGCUGCAUAUGGGUCUCGACAAUGUGAGCUCGGCGACCCUCAGGCCCUUUAACUCGGACAUCAACACGCCGAGGAUCGACAGCUACAGGUUCUCCAUGGCGAAUCUCGAAGAUUCUCAAGAUGUCGACCUGGACGCGAUCCUCGGUGAGCUGUGUGCCCUGGAGCGGCGUUGCGACGGCGACAUCGCCGCCACGCCCGCCGCGACAGAUUCGCAGAGGCCAGGACGACCCACCAGCGCGAGAAUCAAUCCGGGUGACAAUACCGACAUCAAGAAUGAAGGAGCUUUGCGCACCGACAGUCCUGAUAACGACAGCGCGUUCUCAGACACGGUGUCUAUGCUGUCCAGCGAGAGCUCGGCGAGCAGCAGCGGCUCGGGUCACAAACCACCUCAGACCGCCAUGCACACUGCCCCUCAACAGCAGCCUCAUCAGCUUGUCGACGCGGCGAGCAGAGCCAAGGCGGAAAAGAUUCGCCUGGCGCUGGAGAAGAUGCGCGAGGCGAGCGUACAGAAGCUCUUCAUCAAAGCGUUCACGUUAGACGGCAGCGGCAAGAGCCUGCUGGUCGACGAGGGGAUGAGCGUCGCGCACGUGUCGAGGCUGCUCGCGGACAAAAACCACGUGCCAAUGGAUCCCAAGUGGGCCGUGGUCGAGCACUUGCCCGAUCUCUUCAUGGAGCGGGUCUACGAGGAUCACGAGCUGCUGGUGGAGAAUCUCCUACUGUGGACCAGGGACUCGAAGAACAAGCUACUGUUCGUCGAGAGGCCGGACAAGACUCAGUUGUUCCUCACACCCGAGCGAUUCCUCCUGGGCCCCACGGAUCGCGGCGGCGGCGGCGGCGGCGGCGGCGGCGGCGGCGGCGGCGGCAGCGGCGGCGAGUACGACUACCACUCGAGGAACAUGCUGUUGGAGGAAUUCUUCUCGAGCAGCAACGUCGGUGUGCCCGAGGUCGAAGGUCCGCUCUACUUGAAGUCGGACAGCAAGAAAGGCUGGAAGAGGUACCACUUCAUCUUACGAGCCUCCGGUCUUUACUAUUGGCCGAAAGAGAAGGCGCGCACCGCCCGGGAUCUCGUCUGUCUGGCGACCUUCGACGUUAAUCAGGUUUACUACGGCGUCGGCUGGCGGAAAAAGUACAAGGCGCCCACCGACUUCUGCUUCGCCGUGAAGCACCCCCGGCUGCAGCAGCCCAAGUCCACCAAGUACAUCAAGUUCCUCUGUGCGGAGGACAACGCGUCCUUGGAGCGAUGGAUGGUCGGUAUUCGCGUGGCCAAAUACGGCAGACAACUCAUGGACAACUAUCGCGCCCUCGUGGACGAACUCGCACAAGAAGACCUGGACUUGCUGGCGCACGCCAGAUCGUGCUCGGUCAGCUCGAUCGCCGUGCCGCCGAAUCAGACCCAGUACAACACGACGAACGACAACGCGAGGCAAUACGCGGAGAAUUCGCGGCACAACAACGAGACGGGCGUCGCCACGACGAGGCAGUACGAUGGUCAGAGGCAGAGCUACAAUCCGGAGCAACGGCAGAGCUACAACAACGACGGUAGACUCAGCAGGGCGAGCAGUUCCAGCUCCAGCGGAUGCUUGUCUGACGGGGCACCGAGUAGUUGCGAGGUGGCCUUCGAAUGCGGGGAAUUCCCAACGGGCACGAUCAAACGGAAGCCGUCUAUGAAUCCGAAAUUGCCCCUCACCUCAAUCACGAGGCAAUUGAAGGAGGUUGGCGAGACCGUUCGCGACGAGCCGGAUUCUUGUCCGAGUCCGACGAGCUCGGGAUCCGGCACGCUAACCAGAAGACACAGCCGCCGUCGCAGCGGCACGGAUUCCGACGGGUCUGGGACUCUAAAGAGACAUCACAGAUCGGGAAACGCGACGCCCGUCAGCCCGGUGCCGCCCGGCACACCGGUAAGGGAAAGGGCAAGCCCCAUGGGUUACAGCAGGCCGGACAGUCAGGAGCCUAAAACUCCAACCAGCCCGAUACAGACGUGUAUGAUGGAUUCGAUCACGUCAUUGCCGCCGCCGCCACCGUCGCCGUCGAGAGUCGCCGAGGAAGUCGAGUCCGACAGCGAGCCCCUUCCACCACCACCCCCUGAGAUGUUCCGGUCCAAUCUGUCGUUGGACUCGUUGCCGCCGCCACCCGCACCCGGCGAGCUUCCGGUUUGCAACACACCGGAGCUCACAGGCUCGUCGUUGAGCCUCGCGUCGUUGCCGCCACCACCGAGCCCGUUAGUAGGCGAGACUGGAACGAUACGCCGCGCCAGGCCCAAACAGUCCACUCCCACGAACUCUGUGACCCCCGAGAGCACCCCCACGCACACCCCCAGGUCGCAGUCCGGUCAAAUAUACGCGAACGCAAACAGUCUCGCGCUGAACAGCAACUCGAUCCAAAACAGCCAAAACUACAACUCGAACGCGUCAUCGAACGCCCAUGUCGCAAACAACGCCGCCAACUCCUCCGUGUCCUCCCCGCACAGUUCCUACCCGGGAUCGACAGCGAGCACGCCGACUUACACCCCGAGCUCGCCGAACUUCGCGUCGCCGCCACCCUUCGUGCCACCGCCGGCUUACGGCUCGCAGCAGCAGCCGCAGCAACAGUCGCAGUCGCAGUCGCAGUCGCAGUCGCAGUCACAGCCGCAGCCGCAGCCGCAGCCGCAGCAAGCGCAACAACCUCAACAACAUACCACCAAUUCGCAGAGCCUUGGAAGACAAAACUCCAAGACCGAGCAGUUGUGCGCGAACCAUCAGUCGACUCACCACAACACGAUCCAACCGAUUAGACCGAAUCCCAACAUGGACACUGUCCGGCGCAGCGCCAUGAAGCAAGGAACCGGUCAUUACGCGGCACCGCCGUAUCUAGCCGAGCUGAAAGCCGCUUCGAGUCCACAGCCGCAACGCCGAGUGACCAUUCAAGAACCCCCGACAUCGCCCAAAUCGAAAACCGGCACCGGUAAGAAAAUCUCCUUCAAUCUACCGCCUCAACAAGAACCCGGCAGCCCGGCUUUGCCGCAGCGCAAGCCGACGCCACCGCGAAGGUCCGACAGCACUAGGCUCACUUCGCCUAAGAAACUGACGGCGUCCGACCAGGCUCCGCCAGGCGAUUUCCUCAAGGAUCUACAGAGGGUGAUGAGAAAGAAGUGGCAAGUCGCACAGAAAUGCAAACUCGACUCCACCACGACACCGCACGAGGUGCUCGGUUUCCGAGACCCGCCGCCCGCAGUGGCCGACUACAGGGAGACCAACGUGUCCAACUGGGUGCAAGAGCAUUACGGCGCGGACAAUCUCUACGAGAACGUGUACGCGACGGAUACGCACGGGCCAGUGGAGUACGCGUCCAGCCCGGCACGGCAGCCGACCGUGAGGUUCGCCGACGAGAACCGCAGCAUGAACAUCGUCAACGCCAUCGCGGGCAAGAGAAGACCGCCGCCGCCGCCGCCGAAAAGGGCCGAGACCACGCAUCUGACCACCACCAGGGCGAUGCACUGACAAUAGCAGAUAAUCCAGCCCCAUCCCGAGAGGCGAUGGUAUUGCUGUCUCUGCGGCUGGUGGAAGGACUGAGGCGGGGGACCGAGGCCUUGUCGCGACCGCACGGCAUCUCGUCGUCAUCGUUCCGGGAUAUCGGAAAUGUCGGCCGAAAUGCGCCGAGCUCGUCCGUGUGUUCGUCGGCUUCGCCUCGCAGUCCGCAGGACCGUCAGUGGAGGAGAAGGGAGAACCGGGUUUCUCACCGGUGAGGGAAAAAGGUUGUACGGUUUUGUCGCGCGCGAUUCAUUGCCGGGCUCUGUGCGGAUCGGUCUAAUCGCGGGAGCCCGACGGGAACGAGUGCGAAUCUCGCUCGAAUAUCGGAGAUAUUGUCAACGAUGCUUCUCCAUUCUCGGUCUUGGAUGGAUUUCUUUUCAGUUUCAGUUUCAGUCUCAGUUUCAGAGAAGAGUGUAUGUAUAUCUGAGUAUCUAUAUGAAUGUCAAAGUCGAAAGAGAAUAUUGCCAUCGUGUGUGUUAUCGGCUAUUAAUAAGAUCAUCAAGACUUGGAAGAGGAAGUUGCGACAGAUUACAAGUAUACCAAGGAUGAACGUCGAUGAGCCGUCCUUGUCGGAGUGUCUCUUGGAGAAACGCGAGUAUGCUUCGGGGCCAAACGCGAAUUGGAAGCCGAGCAACAAGCGAGAAUCAUCUUCAUCGAGAAGUCUGAAGUCAAAGAGUCGCAACAGAGAAAUCGAUCGAUAUACAGGAAAACACUGCCGCACAGACCAAGGAUGUGAUAUAAGUCUUAAGCGCCGUGCCCACGUUCCCCCCAUCCUGGAGGAUCGCGCGAAGACGAUGAAGAACAACACACGAACGAACAACGUAACGCACAAGAUUGAUCUUUUAGAGGGACGACGAAAAGUCGGAAUAUACGAAUCGCGAUUUCAAACGAGAUUUCUAUAUGUACGAAGAUUGAUAGCCUCGUUUCAUUUGCCUCGUCCGCGAAUUUCUCGAGUCUCCUCGGGUACGAUGAAGAAUGGCGAAACGAAGAAGACAGCUUGCUCGGAAAGGACUUUGUACAAAUAUUUUCAAGUUCCGAUAUUUGUUUGGUUACGAAUUUAAAAAACGAUCACACCUCCAAAAAUAACUAGGUAUCGCACUCGAUUUUAGAAGAAUAUACACACAUUACAUUUUCCAACUUGAGAUUGUUUCGAGAUGCUGGGCGAGAAAAACGAACGCAAAACGACACGUGUCAUCUCUCACUUGCUCUCUCUCUCUCUGUCUCUCUGUCUCUCUCUCUCUCUCUCUCUCUCUCUCUCUCUCUCUCUCUCUCUCUCUCUCAAAUAAUCAUUUCGAGAGUGUGUUCCCGAAAAGCAAAAGACUAUAACAACGAAGAAACGCCGAGAAAGUCGCCGCGAAGCGGAAUUGAUCUCAGUUUUCAAGCGGACGCAAAGGCCAAACUCUAGCGAAGGAAGGUGUUUUGUUCCCAACGACACAACGAAGAGCAAGACAUGAAGAAGCCAACUCGAUUGAAAUACCUUCUAUGCAACUAUCGUCUCUCGCAAUCACAUUCAUGUGGAUAGGUGCAUAUAUGUAUAUAAACUGAGUAUAUACGCGCGUUUAUAUUAUAUACACUAUACUAUAUCGACUCGAUGCUGUAUGUGUAGUUGUAUCAUACAAUCCAAACGCAACACUGAAACGCGGAUAAGACAAUGGGGCGAGACAACGGAGUCGUCGGGUAUGACCUUUCUUUUUUACCAGGCGUACCCAUAUAAAGACGGUAAAACGACGACGACGACGACUUUUCUCGCUCGUCGCCAAUGCGAGACGCGAAGGCGUGAGACGACACACCUCGUCACGAGAACACGGGAUAUCUCGUGCACGCCAUUUUCGUUUCCUCUCCGUUCCGCGACGACAAAGUCGAGAACGAAUCGACGACCACGAAGACGACUACGACGUCGUGACGCGUCGAGAGAGAACGUUCGGAACGAGAGGCGGACGAAACUAGAGGAAUAUCAAAAUUCAGCGAAUCUCCGACGAAUAAGUCGAUCGGAGAUUCGUGGAUGAAGAUGUGUGUAGGUAACGAACAAAUACUUUGGAUACUUGGAAUAUACAAGAAAAUUUCAGAGCGAGAAAACGUAUCUCGAUGGUCUGCAUUCGCUUAGCCCGAGUCCUUUUUGCCUUGGCGAAUCGCGACUGCUCUCUCUCUCUCUCUCUCUCUCUCUCUCUCUCUCUCUCUCUCUCUCUCUCUCUCUCUCUCUUUCUCUCUCUCUCUCUCUCUCUUCUUAUUUCGAGUAUCCGAUCGCGCUAGAAUUAGAAAGAAACAGAGACGCGCCAUGAUCGCUUCGUUUCUUCACGCCGCGCGAUCGCGGGAAGGAUCGCGCGUCGCGGCGCUUAGCCAACGUCGAAGAAUCGUAGUAGUGCGUAGCUUCCCGUUUUGUGAUCACCGAAUGGAAUCUUCAGCAACGAGUGCGGACGCCUUGCCCAAGGUUACGUAGCUGACGUAGUUUUGUAUCUCGAUUUGUAUCACGUUUGCAUGAGCUACAUGUGAAAGUUAACAAACUCUUCGGAAUUUACGGAGCAUCUGUAUCGUCGGAUUUUUGUAUGUAAAAAUAUAUCGGAGGUCGCUCGAGAGCACGCCCCGUGUCGGUGCGACGGUCCAACCCGUAGAAAGUAUUUUGUACGAUCGAAUUUUGAUACGCAGAGAUACUUCGUCACAGUCGUAGUUGAUUAACGUGUACGUGUACGCGCGGAUAAAUAUGAAAAAUGGGAGAGCGCAAGAUCUCUCUCGAGGAACCCCGACCGAGGAAGCGGUUCCCGACGGAGAACCGCGGUCAAUCGACCAGCCGAACCGACGAACCGAAUUUCCGAUCGUCAGUUUCCGCUGCGCUUUCCCCGAUCACUCCCCCCGAUAAGAAGCUCCAACGACUUUUGCAAUUUUCUAAAAGGAUUCACGUCGUGCCUGCGCGCGAGAAAUUGUCCGAUUUUCUAAAAGGUGCAACCCCGUGUGUGUCUGCCUGUCUGUCUGCCCGUGUGCGAGGCUGAUUUUCCGAGUUUUUAUAUUAAAAAAAAAAAAGAAAAAAAAGAAAGAAAAAAAGAAAAAAAUGGCGACUCGCGCGAAAUCGCAUGCGGUUCUUUUCGUCGAUUUUCACGCCGUGCCUGUGCGCGAAAAUUUUUCCAACACACUCGCAUGUUCGCCCGCUCCCACGUUCGCACCGACCGGACCCACGGCACCCUCGAGCGUGCCCCGAGAGCGCGAGCACGAAUCUGCGUAUGCUGUAACACAAUCGAAUUAUUUAAUAAUAAUAGCUAAAGAACUAACUUAAAGUGGAACUGUCGAUGUGUCGAUUUUAUUAUAUCUGCCGCCUUUACGCGCGGUUUAAUCAAACUGAACCAAUAAUAUAAAAAUGCAUUUUUGAGACUAAUAUAUCGACUUUACAAAGACUUAAGCCUGAACUAUAUUGAUGAUGACCUUUUCAUAUUCACGAAUUUCUACUCAACAUUCGCACCGCGCGACCACCUGAACAGUCCUCGUCACGCUCGGAACGCGAGGUUUCACCCUUCCGAUCGCUCUCACCGAAGCGUUCGACAGAUUGCUCGAGUUGGCUAAAUUUCACGAACUUUUCCUUCCCUCACCUCUCGAUUGGUGGACUGGACUGUAAUCUCUUUACUCUCGUUUGAUUUUCCUUUUUCGUCCUUCUUUAUCCGAGAUCCGGUGUGAUUGCGCUUCUACCGGCAAGAAUUUUCUCUCUACCUCUCUCCAAUUGCGUCCUCGAGAUUUGCGAUUUAAUUUUGAUCUGAAUGAUUUUAUACUUUCUGAGUUUGCGUAACGCUCAGGUCGCCGACUUGCGAGCGACGAGCUAACGAGGACUGAUACAGGACUCGCCGGGGCGUGCCGGCCUGCUGGCCUGCUGGCGUGUCGAGGGGAUGAAAACUCCUUUCGUACUCUUUAAGAUACUUUGGUCAAACUGAACGCUCCAGGCAUUCUGAGUAGGUAGCUUAGUAUUCGAUGUCCGCGUGCAGCCCGUCGCUUAAUUUUCGUAGGAUGGACGAGUCAAUCGGGGAUCGUUCGUUCGGGAUAAAAGGAUGAUUUUUCACUUGAUCGAAGCUCUCAUCACGGAGUGCGUUGGUGCAAUUGACACGGAGGAGGGAUAGGCCGAUAUCAUAGAAAUUACACGAUCAUAACGAUAAUGAUUAUUGGCAUAAGAACGAUAAUACUUUAAUUGUUGUAUCCACGUGCGACUUAUAUACAUAUAUAUAUAUAUAUAUAUACAUAUAAGAGAACCGGCCAACGGUGUUUGACUGACACGAGGUCAGCAACAAAGCGGAACAAAGUCGUUCGACAUGCGGAAAUUUCUUUCUUUCAUCGUAGCGGUUCUUCAUAUAUGAAUUCGGGACGAACGACGAGACGAGGGGAGGACAAAAGAGAAAUGUUUGAAGCGUGUGCUGCGUUAUUUUUCGAGAAUCGAGAAACACUUUUAUAACGAAGACGAUGAGCAAGAACCGUUGCAGCUGCGAGAGUCGGCCCCGAGAGAUAUUGUAUCGUACUUUUUCCGAUUAUAUACUCUAAGUUGUACGUAUAAUUCUGUAAAUAUUGUAACGAAUGGUACUACGGAGGGGAAAAUUGUUGUCGGUGAUGUCGCGCGGCCGGCCAAUAAUAUCAACACAUUUACGUUAUUUGUGAGAAAAAGAGGGAUAGAGAGAGAGAGAGAGAGAGAGAGAGAAAGGAGAGAUGAGAUAGAUGACAGAAGCGAACACGUGUGUGUGUGUGUGUGUGUGUGUGUGUGUGUGUAUGUGUGUGUGUGUGCGUGCGUGUGCGUGUGUGAGAUCCUCGCGCGGCGAGGAGGGAGAGACGUAAAGUCUCGGAGACGAAGAGGGAUUCGACGUUGCGAACCGAGGGGGGGGGAGGGGGCCUCCACUCUGCGUUUUCGUUUUCAUUCACUUUAAUCGUAUCGGCUCGAGGACAUCGCUUCGAUCAGUUAUCUCACGAGGACGUAGAUACCGCGACACCUCGAACGCUGCGUAUGCAUCGCUAUCAAAUUGAUUCGAUGUAGCUUACGAUUAGACUUUAGAUCAUUACAGGUUGUUUCGGAUACGCUCUGUGCAGGUGUGUUUAAUAAAAGAAAAAGAAAAAAAAUAAAUAUUGCGACAAUACCAUUAUUUCGUGACUCGACGCCAGUUGUUUAGGUAUGACACGUAUCGUGCGAACAAAGAAAUGCGCAGCAGUUGAAAUAUUAUAGGUAUUAUAUUCAUGUUUUUAUGUAAAUAAAUCUUUGGUAUAUUUCAAU